GGCGCGGGACCGGGCGCGGCGGGGCGGGACAUGGCUGCGGGAUGCUCCGGGAGGUUCCAGGGAUGCUCCGGCCGGUUCCGGGGAUGCUCCGGGAUGUUCCGGGGAUGCUCCGGCCGGUUCCGGGGAUGCUCCGGGAGGUUCGGGGAUGCUCCGGCCGGUUCCGGGAUGCUCCGGGAUGCUCCGGCCGGUUCCGGGGAUGCUCCGGCCGGUUCCGGGGAUGUUCUGGCCGGUUCCGGGAUGCUCCGGCCGGUUCCGGGAUGCUCCGGCCGGUUCCGGGGAUGCUCCGGGAUUCCCCUCUCCCCGCUCGCUCCCGCCGCCGGUUCCGGGCGCGCCCCCGGUCCCGUGACCGCGCACGUGACCGUGCGCAUGGCGGCAGCGAGCGGGUGGCGCUCCGGGCGGCGGCGGCGGCGGCGGGGCCGGGCCGAGGAGGAGGAUGAGGAGGAGGAAGGGGAAGGCGGUCCCGGUACCGAAGCAGUGCUCCGGCGGCUGCGGGAGGCGCGGGACGAUCUGCUGAGCUCCGGUUUUUGGGCGGCGAGCGCCGGAGCUGUGAGAGCCCCGCUGAGCGGCCCCGCGGAGCCGCCCGCCCGCUGCGUGUGCUACGGGCUGGGCCGCUUCGGCCGCUGCCCCGCCGCCAGGUACCAGCUCGCCUUCCUGCUGCUGCUGCUGGACGAGCUGCGGGUGCCGCCCGCCCGUUGUGCCCUGUUCGACCCGGCUUUCUCGGCGCGGGAGGCGGCGGUGCUGCGAGCGCUGGGGCUGUGCCUGCUGCCGGAGAAUGAGGAGGGGAAACACGGCAUAGAGGGCUCGGCCACGCUGUUCUACAUGGUGCACUGCGGGAAGGCGCUGUACAACAACCUGCUGUGGAGCAACUGGAGCCCAGCGGCGCUUUCCAAACUGGUCAUCAUCGGCAACAGCUUCCGAGGGAUCGAGGAGAGAUUGCUGUCCAGAAUCUUGGAGAGAGAUUAUUCCUACAUCGCAAAGGUCUUAAAAGGGAUGGAGGAAGUGGCACUCCCCAGUCACCCCCGCUACCUGGACACCUUCAAUGACACCUCCGUGCACUGGUUUCCCUUGGAAAAACUGCAGGAGCUUUCCCCUGAGGUCUGGGACUGCGUGGAGGAGCCGAUGUACCAAGAYUGUGAGGACCUGGAGAUCAUCAGGAAGGGGGAGGGAGCUACUGCCAAGUCCUGACCCUCCCUGUUGGGGGUGGGGGCUGGGAUCCACAUCUCUUCCCAUGGAAGCUUUUGUGCAGCUGAGACGUAGCUCAAGCAGUGACAGUGGCAUCAGGCUCUGCCAAAAGUGGCAGCACCUCAAUGCUGAGGUGAUGGGAC